UGUUUCCGGGAUUUUAUUGCAGCAGCAGUGGAAGUUCAAGCAUUGGAAAUUAGUUUUAUUGCGGGGAGAUGAGUGCGGCGAUUUUUUACUUCGUUCUGGCGAUCUGCGGGGCUGCCGUGUGUGCAGAUUCGUCGACUUUGGAAACCGUCAACGGGAAGGAUCCGGUUCAUGACGCCAUCAGCGUCGCGAAAUGUCGGCUACGGUGCUUGGAUGAGUUCCUCGGCAAGGAGAACGGAGACCGCGUGGACGAGCAAACUUGCGAAGACAACGUGGAUUGUGCUUCGUGCUGGAAGGUCUGUGACUACUUGCAGAAGGAUUUCAAAACUUGGGGAGAGAUGUGCAUAUUUCCGUUGAAAAUCUGCUAUGAUGGUUGCAUUCAGGCUUGUUUGUACCACUUGGAUCAAAGUCUGUCCGUCCGAUACACUGCGACUCCUGUCAUCGACGGAUACGCGUUCCCUGGGAAUCCAUCGGUCACAGGGCGGCAGGUUCUGUGGGAAAGGGUUGUUGAAACAGAAAAAGCUCCUUCCCGUCGAAAUUCGGCCGAAAGGAACCGCAAAACCAUUUACAGCGUAUUAGUGUCUCCGAAGGACGGAGAAUGGAUUCUCCUCGGUCAAACUCUGCGAAACAAGCUGAAUAUUGAAUCAAAUGAGAACCUCAACAACGGACGCCUGAAAGUGAUGGUGGUGGCUGUGAUGAAAGAAGGAGUCGUCGCCGUGGGACGUGUGUCUUUCAUUUACUCGUCUAGCGACCGAGUGGCGGAAGAAACAGGCGUCGACUUUGCGGACGCCGAACCCAAACUCCGCCCGAACGGGUUGCCCUGGAGUAUCCCGAUGGCGUCGGAAAUCGGCACUGUCAUGGACGGGCCGCCGCCGGGCUACGACGCCUCCAGGUCCGCCGGGUUCUCCGGCGUUGUGAGCCCAGGCGGGCCUGGCGUCCUUUUCGACCCCCAAUCGUCACUGCCGACCCGACACGAAGCUCAUUCCGUGCCCACGACACCGUGGAACUGGAAUCUCGUACCCAAGUCGGUGACAAUGAACCCAGUCACCAGAUCCAUCGACGCGGUGAUCACAUGGAACCCGAAACCCAGCCAGCAGGGUGAAUACAUGAUCACGUGGGAAGUCAUCAAGGAAAACUAUGGGGUCAAGGGUCACUUAUAUACGCGGAAUUCCACCAUCACCCUUUUCCUCGCACCCGAAGAAGUCUACCGAGUUCAAGUGGAGUAUAUUUCGCGAGCUUUGCAAAUGUCCGAAGCCAGCCCUGUGAUCCACGUCGACACUAGGAAUAUCACGUCACCAACGUUCUGGACCCAGGAUAUGGCCAAGCAGGCUCCUUCGUCGUUUUUCAAGAACAAGUUCGAAGUCACGAUCAUGAUCCUGGUUGGAUUCUGUGCGUUGGUGCUGAGCUUCAUUUUCGCUAUAAUUCUGCGGAUGAAACGGAAGCAGUUGCAGCGGAACUUCAGAGCUGAUUGCCGUGAUGGAAGAGAUUCCACAGCAACCCUAGAAAAUGUGACGCAUGAGUUCGACCGCGCAAAAGCGUCUUUGCUCAAUGACCGGAUCCGACACAGCACACCCAUCACUGUCUCAACUGCCACGAGCCCAUUUCCCUUUGAAGACCCCUUGUUUCCGAGGGUGUUUCGAUUCCCGUCGGUGCCGAAGAUCACGAAGGCGGACCCUUCUUGCAACGAGGUGUUGCUUGGAAAAAGCCCCAAGACCAAGGACGUGGAAGCGGAUGUGGUGUUGGGUGCUCAAGCUUUGAACAUGAACCAGAGCAUGCCUAAUAUUUCGCCGGAUUCGCUGGAAACCCACCUGACGCGGUUUAAGAACAACUUUCCUUCGUCACGGGCGAGUGUCGCUUUCGACGUUGCCUUCGAGGCGUCGGCGCCCAUCUCUCCAUUGAUGAAGCUGAAAUUCCCACCAAUUUCCAAGCGCAAGAUCUCAAAUACGACGGAAAACGUGAAUGCGUGCACACGUACAACUGCAUUCACGUCACUGCAAGCUAUCAAUGAGAUGCGAGAGCUGCGAUGAUGAAAUGAAUUCGUCGUACAAUCGUCAGUGCAGUCAAAUCACCCUGAAAUUUCGGCGAUGUUCCUUUCCUACAAUAUGGAAAUCAUCGUCGACGGAUGUUCCUACUUUUUGCGUGGCUGUGCUGUUUAGAACGGAACCAAGUCGUUUCCAAUUCGUUCCGAAUGCUUGGAUCCAUACGAGAUAUUUGCAAUGUAAUUUUAGUCAUCGUGAUGUUUUUACUCUUUUACGAAGCAAACAAAAAUUGUGUAGAUGUGUUUUAAUGAGUUUUUGCAGCCGGUUUCCGGCGCAGUUCGCGUUUUAAUCGCCGUACUCGGGUCAAAAGGCUCGACAAGUGAUUUACGUAUAUUUCCUCGGCGGCGCCACUUCGACUGUCGCUUUUCCUUCCACUGUCGCCAUUCACGGCUGCCGACCGAAAUUGAGCUCUGGGAUAUGUACACUGCUGAGGUGCGAAAAUAUUUUAAUUUAGAAACGAGGGGUGGGGUAUGAUUCGAUUUUGCUCUGUCUUGUUUCUCUGUCUUUUCUGUCUUUUUGACGACGAGAUGGAGUAUGAUCCGAAACUUUGUGUUUUUUUUUCUUUUUUGACACCGAUACCUGGUUCAUUCUUCGAGCGUUAUAUGUAGCUUUGAUCGCAAUCGCUGAGGUCAUUCUGGGACUUGAUGGUUUUUGUUGAAUUGCUUCGGGUGCGAAAUGCGAAUUGAAGUGGGAUGCGAAUCGUUUCGUGAGUUGAUCAGUGCUCAUGAAUCCGAAUGAGCUGAUUUAUCCUGUGCUCAAAGAUAUGUACUGGGCUAUUUUGUUUUUCUCAGUCCUCUUAUUAAUGCUACGUCCAGUUCCAUUUAAACCAAUCUUUGUGUGCUCGAUUUCUCUUAUCUUUCGUUGUGAACUGAGUCCUUCCUCCGCGUCGCGGAAUGCUCAUUGUGCCUACUACAGUAUAUAGCCGGUCCAAACUUGUGCAAUUUGUAACUUUAGUUGCCAUAAUCCUCGGUUCGUUUGUUCUUGUACAUUCGAAAUGCCUAUGUGAACGCUUCUACAUGAAUAAAUUCCUGUCCUCAUGAUCAGCAGAUA